GUCGACAAUCGACGACCAAACUGUCUCAUCGUCAACAGCCACACCAUGCGUUGAACAUUUGACGACAAAUUUUGAUUUAAGAAAAACAUUCGACUACACUGUGUUAAUCCACAAACUUGGUAAUCUUGGUGUUCACAGAAUUCAAGAUCCACUUCGAAAUUCAAUCGAAUUCGACAGUCAUUCAAGAUGAAUAACCCGGAGAGAAACAAUAUGCGCUCUAAACGCCUUUGUUUCAGUGUGAUAUGUUUGAUUUUAUACUUGGUGAAAAUAACGAAGAUCGCACCAGGUACGUGCGAAAAUUUCACAAGCAGCAUUAUUAGUAGAAAUGGCGUUUCCAAUACAAUAGCAACAUUUCCAAUAACCGACUUAGAGUCGUUCCCUGGAACUCCGAAUUUCGUUUAUCAAAAAAAUAUUAAAAACUGCUCAAAAGUCAAUCAGUUUGUAGUAAAUGACGUAUUCUUCAACGAAACGAUUGCAUUUAAACCCCCGCCAUUAGUCGCCACCUUGAUUAGAAUGCCGAAGAAUAAAGAACUUAGAAAAUUGAAGGGCACAAACAUCUCGGCGAACCCUACCAAACCAUUGACGUUUGUAUUGUGUGGUGACAACUUCGAUAUUUUACAAUUGGUCGAAUUCAAUGAAUAUAUUGAUGAAAAAUCUCCACCAUAUUUAGAUUUCAGCACCUAUCUCGGUAAAAGAAAAACUCAAGUCAUAAAAAAAGUUGCAUUCGAAUUUGCAAUUAUGUCAAUUUUACAAUUCCAUUAUUCACCAGCGUGUGUAUUGGUUGAUAAUUUAAAACAUAAAGUUUUUUGGAGUGAUAGUAAAAAAGGCAUAAUAGAAUCUUACGAUUCUCAAAAAAACGAAGUAAACAUUUUGGUAGACUUUUUGACUAAGCCUGGAUCAAUGGUCAUCGAUUUAACUCGUGAAUUACUGUUUUGGUGUAACGUUGAGUCCGUAGGUAGUAUCGAACGCAUCAAUUUUGAUGGGAGCAAUAGGGAAAAAAUUACAAAAGGAAAAUACGAUUUGCAUUACCCAGACAUGUUGGAAAUAGACCAUACCCACCAAAUGAUAUACUGGACAGCGGAAAAAGUCAUUCACAGAUCCGACUACAACGGAAAUUUUCACAAAAUCAUAAAGAAAAGUAAAUUCAAUGACUCGAAUUUUCCUAGAUGCAUCUCUUUCACCAAAGCCUUCGAACACAAUUUUUUUUUGGAAAAACCCCUGGUGCCAUAUUACAAUCGAUCUUUUUCACCUAAUUAUUUACUGUCGAUAUAUUAUAAUGAAAACAGUGAUCAGAUAUUGCAACAAAAUCACUGGAGCACCUCUCACGUAUGUCAGGAAAUCCCAUCAGGAUAUCACUGUUUCCUCUUGCCUGUAUCAUUGGACAGGAUUAUGUAUAUUAAAGUCAAACAUAUGCUGAGCAUAUCCAGAUACAAACCAAAGAUGCUGAAUCAACUGAGAAAACUCAACCCGAAACACGAAAAAUUGCUUUUGAAUGUUGAGUCGUUCUUUUUCAACUCGAAAUCCUAUAGUGUGUUUUAUUACGAUUCGGUGUUAAAAAACAUCCGAUAUAUUUCUUUUUUAAAAGAACAUCCAAUUGAUAUUGUCAAAAAUAUCAUAGUACCGAUAAAAGGCUUUGGUUACAAUGGAUUAAAUAACAACAUAUACUUUAUCAAUGCAUCGGAAAAUAGUAUAAUAAUGGCUAAAUUAGAUAAAAAUUACUACCCUAAAACUAUGAGAACUAUAAGGAAAAAUAUGAUUAAGAAUAUUUUCGUGGCAUUGAUUAUUGAUGUACAAAAUAACAGCUUGCUGUUUUAUCCAGCCAAGUAUUUGGAUUACAAUGAUAUGCAUCAAUAUACAAAAGAUGAUAUAUACACAUUUACCAUUCAAAACGUAAAUAUGUCUACACUUGAUAGCGAAGUAACCAUUUCAAAAAUGCAUACAAUGUACUUAUUAAAUGUUACAACUAACUCUGUCGACCAACUUAAGUUGCAUAGAACUAAUAAUAUACGUUUACAGUCUCAUUCGACAUUUUCAUUCAAGACAAAAUAUAAGAACUAUACAAACAAUGCUCAAACACAAAUAAGAGGGAUAUAUAUUUAUAUUUUCCAAACAAUAUUUAAUCUUGUUAUCGGCAUUUUAGCAUAAAAUAUACUUCUUAAUCUACACAAAUAAUCACUACAUGACUUACUAAAAUGCACAGCCGUCAUUCAAAUCAACAAGUGAAAAAUUCAUUUCUUUUCAAUAUAGAGUCCACAUUCAAGAUGUACUGCUACAAUUUAAGUUCUUAUCCACCGUCGUACUACUGCAGCAGAUGUCACCUACCCAAGUAGAUUAGUAUUGCUGAUUCCGCACUAGAAUACUGCUUUUAGUUCAUACUAAAAUAAUUAUUAAAAAUCACAAAACAAAAUAUCAAUUGUAAAACGAGGGAAGAGAAGUAUUCGAAUUUACACCUCUCUCUCUUUGAACUGUAUUUAAAGAUCCAUAUCAAGUUAUACAUUUUAUUUGCAUUAAUGUAAAUUUUAAUAGUAAUAAUUAACAUUAAUAUCUCUUUAUCAAA